GCCUUUAUGACGACAUUAGUUUGGGGGUUGAGAACGCUCAAGAUGGCCGACCUCAGGAUAAUGGGGAGCAAAAUUUACACAUUGUGGGGCACAUUAUUGAUUUUGCUAUACUUCUGUUACUCAGGAACCGAAGCAGUGAGGUGCCACUGCCAUCCUUGUUACAAUUCUGACACAAAUGGCACCUGUGAAACGUUGCCUGGGGGAGCUUGUUACGCUUCCAAGUCUCUGACUCCGCUGACAGACUGGGAGGAUCUGGAGACCCGGACAUGGGGCUGCCUGGCCCCGGAGGGAGGGACCUUACUGCAGUGUCAGCCAUCAGCGGUGCCGCACAGAGAGGUCUCGGCCUGUUGCAAGAACGAAGACCUGUGCAAUCUGAACCUGAACUUGACUUUCUCGGAGGAAGAUUUUCUCCCCGGUGUAGUGCACCCGUCUGACCCUGAGAAGAGAGCUGAAAACGUCACACAGAUAGUUCUCCUCAUCUCCGUCACGGUUUUCCUCCUCAUCCUCAUCGUGGCCAUCACCAUUGUCUACCUCAGGUUCAAGAGGCAAGAGUUCAGGAGGAAGCAGCUCUUGGUGGACUCUGAGCACGAGACAUUUGUUCCGGUGGGUCAGACGUUGCACAGUCUGAUUGACGAGUCACAGAGCUCUGGCAGCGGCUCCGGCCUGCCUCUCAUAGUUCAGAGAACAAUAGCCAAGCAGAUCACUCUGGUGCGAAGUAUUGGCAAGGGGCGUUUCGGGGAAGUUUGGAAGGCCAAAUGGCGUGGGGAGAACGUUGCCGUGAAAAUUUUCUUCACCACGGAAGAACAGAGCUGGUUCAGAGAGACGGAGCUGUAUCAAACUGUGCUGCUCAGACACGAGAAUAUCCUCGGUUUCAUUGCGGCAGACAUCAAAGGCACGGGCUCGUGGACGCAGCUCUACCUGAUCACAGACUACCAUGAGAACGGUUCGCUCUACGACUACCUACGUCUGCACGCCCUUGACACCUCCGAGAUGUUGUACCUGGCACACUCGGCCGCCUGUGGCAUCUCACACCUACACGUGGAGAUUUUUGGCACUAGAGGCAAACCCGCCAUAGCCCACAGAGAUGUGAAGAGCAAGAACAUUUUGGUUCGGAAGAACGGCACGUGCUGCAUCGCUGAUCUGGGUCUGGCCGUCAAAUACGUCAGUGAGAACAAUGAGGUGGACCUGGCCUCCAACACCAGAUGUGGGACCAAACGCUACAUGGCCCCCGAGGUGCUGGAAGAGACGCUGAACAAGAACCACUUUGACUCGUACAAGCAGGCGGACAUGUACGCCUUUGGCCUGGUCCUUUGGGAGAUUGCCCGCCGCUGCGUCAUACGAGGGUUUGUCCAGGAGGCGGAGCUGCCGUACUAUGAGUACGUGGGCCAGGACCCGGGCAUCGAGGACAUGAGGAAGAUCGUCAGCGUGGAGAAGUUGAGGCCAACCAUCCCGGCCGUGUGGGAGGAGCAGGAGUACCUGAAGGUGAUGGGCCGACUGAUGUGUGAGUGCUGGCACCCGAGCCCCGCGGCCCGGCUCACCUGUCUGCGUAUCAAGAAGACGCUCAGUAAGAUGAUCGAAACCAUCGAGUCUGCACCAAAGUAAAUAGGGGGCCACAGAAGGAGGUUCAACUUUACGUCUACGAAGUUUCCUUAUAACAGGAGACAUAAGAGGAGGUGCAACUUUAUGUCAAAGAGUUUCCUUAUAACAAGAGACAUUGAAAGAGGUGCAACUUUAUGUGUACGAGUUUCCUUAUAACAGGAGACAUUGAAGGAGAUGCAUCUUUAUGUCCACAAGUUUCCUUAUAACAGGAGACAUUGAAGGAGGUGCAACUUUACUUUGAGAAGUUCGUUACCACAGGAGACAGUAGAGGAGGUGUAUCAUUUCUUCUUGAAGUUUCCUCGUAGAAUGAGGUACCACAUUUCUUCCCAAAGUUUCCUUAUAGCUGGAGACAGAAACGGAAGUGCAACUGUUCUCCCCAAAUGUUACAGGAUUUAGAAAUUCCAUGAGCUGUGUUUCUCCAAUGGGUCUCCCCCACCCCCAAAACACACAGUCACACACAUACACACGCACGCACAGUUACACAAACACACAACAGCUUUUCUGGAAGCAAAGAAAGAAAGACUGUGGAGUAGCCGGCUUGCCACAUGGACUGACCAGGUGUUGACUGGUUGUACUUGAGCCGUGGGGACCUCUGUUUUUUUGUGCAUAUGUGUGGUUCCCUGUCAUUCUGCGGGACUGACCGUCGGUCCAUUUCUCUUCCGGCAUGCUUCAAGGGCGCCACGUACGGCUGAAUUGACCUGUGUGGCAGGUUUAGCAGUCUUUUCUACUUGGGUUGGGAUCACACAGAAGUGGAGCUUCCAGUGUGUUAAAGUCAUCCUUUUGGGGGUUUUUUUGGUUGUUGUU